CCAAAUUCAAAAACCAAACUGACCCAAAGCCUUUAAUGGUUCCUCUGGAUUUUCGAGGUCGAGGGCUUACGUGUAUCUUCACUAAUUUCACCAAGUUAAUCUAUGAUUGCCUGUGUGGUGAGGUGCGGGCUGGGCGUGAUUAUAGCGCCGCUAUAUAAAACCCACUCCCCAGUCGGCCCCCAAAACAGUCUCGCUGAGAUCACCAUUAUCGUAGUAACUGGCUGGUGAGCAGGAUGGUUAUAUGUAUAUCGGAGAUGGGGGGCAGAGCAAGAUGUCAACGCAGCAGCAACAACUGGACUACAUUGAGCGCCACUUGGUGUACGACAUCUUCAAGUACUUCGGGUCGGGUGUGUCGCUGGAGGGACACAGAGUGGAGUGCUCCAACGGGCUGGACGGAUUCAUGUCCGCCCUGUUCACCGUUGAGCUGGAUCUUGUGGUCGCCGAGCGUAAGCGCACGGAGGUGGUCCUGGUCAAGUUCAUGAAGGGCACAGAGGAGUUCCGAGAGUAUAGCAACUCGUACAUCCAGUUUGCCAACGAGGUGUUCGCCUACGCCGAGAUCCUGCCAGCUUACGAGCACCUUCUGCGUACCAGUCACCUGUCCAACGAAGUGGUGGCCAACUGGGUGCCGCGCUGCUACUUUGCCAAGUUUGGGGAAGUCAAUGGCCUUGGAAGCGGCCGUGAAUCAGUCCUAGCUCUAAAGCAUAUCAAAGGCGAUGGCUAUCAGUUGGGCCCGCGUUUGAUCCUCCGCCGGGAUCAACUGGAGGCCAUGGUGGGUCUGGUUGGACCCUUCCAUGCCCUGGGAUAUGCCACACGAAUACUUCAGCCGCAGGUUCAUGCCCGCCUGCGUUCAGGCGUGGUGGACAUGUCCUUUGUCUCCAACUCGGGCAAGUCCGGUUUCGAUGCGCUCUACCGCGUGGCCUUCGAUCGCUUCUACGAGUUCUACGAUCGGCAGAAAGAUCAGCUCAUCAAGGACACCGAUGCUGGCUUUGCCACCGCCAUCGAGCGGUUGCGAGAGAAGUACUUCGCAAAUCCCACGCAUCUUCUAGAGCGGAUUCGCACCACGUCGUACGCCGAGGAUCAGCCGGAUAGCCACUUUGCCACCUUCCAGCAUGGCGACUACAAUCGUAACAACGUGCUCUUCCACUAUGGCGACGAUGGCCAGGUGGAUGCCAUCAAGACCAUCGAUUUCCAAGAGCUGCGCUUCAGCACCACGGCCAUUGACCUGAGCUUUUUUAUGUACAUGAACACGCCCUCGGAAGGAAGAGAGGAGAUCUUUGCGGAUCUGCUAAGGAAGUACCACAAGCACAUGAUCGAAAUGCUGGAACUAGUGCUGCAUCGCAAUCGGGAUGAGUUGGGCGACGAGCGGGUGGAGCAGCUCCUGGCGGACUACAGCUAUGAACCUUUUGAGGGCCACUUCAAGCGAUAUGCCUUUUAUGGGGUGAUGAUCUGCAUGCAUUUCAUGCCCUGGCUGCUGGGCAGUGAAACGGAUUGCGCCGAGUUGUCCCGGCUCUUCGACACGGACAUGCAUGGUCAGGCCUUCCAUCAACUAUCGCUGGACAUUGGUGGUGACGUGGCCAACGGGGAGAUCUUCAAAACGGUGCGCCACGCCUACGAGCACGGCUACAUGGACGAGAUAUAGGCUCAACCGCACCCUUAUCGAACGUUUAAACAAUACAUGGUCUUGGCCAUAAUCUCACAUUAUAAAUAGCAUCUGCAGAAUUUCUCGUUUAUGUAGCGAUAACAUUAAAAAAUCUGACUGUUGCAUACCCAA